CGAACAGUCACACUAACCUAACCUAAGCAAUGUCAACAGAAUCGGCAAAAGUCUGUACCCAUCCCCACUUAAUUUACCCCAACGAAACGAAACCCCCGCGCUGCCUUUUUUCAUAUAAUUCUUUAUUUCUACAUCAAUUCAAGAUGGAUUUGAAUGAGUAUAGUCGAAUUUCAAGCGCAAACCGUCAAACUAAUGGAGAGUUUAGUUCUAAAGCUCGAAUGAGCAUUUUGGGGUUACGCGUGGCUGGUAUUCGAAAGGUUGAUAUCGCAAAAGCUAUAGAAGCAAAAAGUGUUAAUACUUUUCAGAAACGGCCACCUAGGAAGCUUAGUUGACGCUCAGAGAGACGACGUGUUUUAAUUGCAAAAGGGAACCCUCGUUUUACCUACGCUGAGCUUACAAGGCGCUUACAAGCCAAUGCGAGUGUCAGACGUUAGUGUUACAAAGGAGUGCUAGGGUGCCUAUUGUAAUCCGAUACCGGAUAAGCUCUGAUAUAUCCCUCCCCCUUAUUAGGCUUCGUCCCGAAGCUAUCGUCGACCUCGUUGUCGUUAACCUCGUCGUCGUUUCUCCUA